UAAAAUCUGAAAAGACAAAUAAAGAAACCAGAUGAGGUAGACAAAAAGCGAAAACGAAAAACAGAACAUAGAUUCGUUUCUUCAUCGUCCUUUGAUCCCAAAAUCUAGAAACAGAAAACUUUUAUAGCCUAAAAGAGAAGAAGACUGCAAUGGCGAGACCCAACAACAAAAACACCUCCCUUAACUACAACCACAUCCUCCAAAAAGAUCCUUCUUCCUCUUACUCCUCUGUUGCUCGUUCCAAAGGCCGUAUGCUCGUCCUCACCAAACCUUCCCCCAAACCCCUCAAAUCUUACGCCGCUGCGUCCACGACUACCGCCACUGCCCCUCCUCCCCUCUCUCCGGCUCCGAGGACUCCGGAUCAAGCAAACUCUGAUCCAGAUCCAAAUCAGAUCUCUCUCCGUCCCUUAGGUCAUACCGGACCUGUUUCCUCGCUGUCCUUCCCUUCUCGGACUCAGGAAUCCGACAAAAACAUAUCUUCUCCGGCUCUGACGUCCGUUUCCCCGAAACCUGACCGGUUUGUUCCUCCGCAUCUUAGGCCAGGGUUUGUCCGGAAAGACGAGAAACCUGUACCCGCUUCUUCUUCUUCGAUCCUGGGGUUGCCUCACCAAGAACAGCAACAACCGCGGCAGGGAUAUUCAGGGUAUGGACACACCGGGCGACCCAAAUCGGGUGGGUAUGAGAGGAUUCGAUCCGAUCCAGAUUACUUGGGUCGACCAAGAUCGAGCGGGAACCGACCCGGCACCUCCGGAUGAUGAUGAGCUUGCUGGGUUGAUGUCGCUCGAUGAUGAAGAUGGAAACUACCUCUGUUUCUGUGUUAACAUCUCAUUCUCAAGGAGGAUUAUAAACCGUGACUUUUUGUUUCCCAGUUCUUUUGAUCAUACAUGAGACUAUUCAAAGUAUCACCCAAGAUUCAGUAGAUUUGUAGAAGAUGUUGUUUAGGAGUGUGAUGCCAUCGUAGGCAAGGCCUGACACGAUAACAAUUCUGUUCUCACUUACUAGACUUUUAAGUUUCAAAACUUUGUUAAUGUACCUAUAAUUCAAACUAGUACAUGUUUUAUAUUAGAUUUUAAAGUGUUUCGUUUCUUUUUUUAUCAAGACACAUUGUUUAUGA